AGCGCGCUUAGAUGCAGCAACAGCCAACUUGGCCAAGAAGAGCCGAUCAGCCAACAGCUAGCGACGGUUUUAGCCCCCUCACAAGAAGCGGCAAAAAUAGCAGAUAACCGCACGAAAAAAUACACAAAAAAAUAGGUAUUGCCAAAAAACAUAAACAAAACUUUUUCCGUGCAAUUCUACAAACUAAAAGUGAAACUAAACUCUUCUUCGCCAUUUUACAAAAUAGUAAAACCUAAGCCAAUCCCCAAAACAGUGCUCAUAAGAUAUCAAGUUCCAUCGACUGUAAAGUGCUCACAACAAACAAACAAAUAAAAUACAAACCAAACUAAAACAACAAACAAACCUAGUAAAGUUUUCCCCCAUAAAGUUGUGAAAUCCUAAGCUACUUACUUCCUCGUCAAACUUCAAAUCAAACAAGCUCCAUUCUUUGUAGCCCCAAAGAACUGGAGGCUCUAUAAGUAUCUUAUCCCUGAAUGGAAACCAAACACAACACAAAUCAACAUUAACUAUGAUAGCCCAUAUUUAAAGUGUUCGUCAAACAGAUUCGGUUACGAAACAGCUCAAGAUCAUAAAAGUCAACAAAUUCGACUUUUUAUGGCAGUUCGGAAAGUGGAAUUUAUAAGCGACAGCAACAAACCAUAAACAUAUAUUAUCCAGAUGAUUCGGUAGUAUAUUUCGCCAUCGAAUAUUUGAUUACAAUCGCCGGAAAACGGGAAAAUACCAAGGAAAUGCAGAACUUUUCGAGCUCGACGCAUCAACAACUUCUAACCACCACCAGUUCCAGCACCACCAGUUCCAGCACCACCCAGUCCGCCCGCCGACUCGAGGGCCACAGAUUGAGGCACCGAGGAAGCCCGGCUCCGUCUGCGAUAUGAUGGAACGUCUGUCCACACACCUGUCGCUCACCGGCCUCUCGCUCGCUCAUCCCCUGCAGACUCACCUGGGCUCCGGCGGCGGAUCGCACCACCUGGGCCAACUGGCGGCGGCGGUGCACCAUCAGCAGCAGCAGCAGCAAUCCGACCAGGGACUCGGCCACACGCACCACCUGCACGGCCAGCAGUUGUCGCUGAACCACCAGCACCACCAUCCCCACCAGUCGCCGCAGCACCAGCAGCAGCACCAGCACCACCCGUGCAGCAGCAACAGCAGCAACGGUUCCCCAAACGGCUCCACCGGCCUGGGCCUGCAUCCGCACUCGGCGCUCCACCUGGCGCACCACCACUCCCAGCUGCACCAGCACCACCCGGCGGGUCAGCAGCAGCAGCAGCAGAGCCAGCCAGCGGUGUCCUCGUCUUCGUCGGGCUCGCACCACAGCCAGUCGCAGUCGCUGAGCCACCAGUCGCACAGCAACGGCAGCUCCCAGCUGGGCGGUGGUUCGGCCAGUGGUGCCGGCUCAGUGCCAGGUGGUUCGGCCAACAGCCACCACAGUGCUCCGGCCUCCAGCAGCGUGAUGGCCGCCGCAGCAGCCGCCCACCUGCACCACAAUUCGCAGGCCUCGCCCAUCAGCAAUCUCCACCAGAACAUGGGCAGCCUCAUGAACAGCGGCAGCAGCGCCAGUGAUGUCUUCUUCAGUCUGAUGAUACAGAACACAACAAAGCGACAGAACGAGGAGCACAUCAAACGUCCAAUGAAUGCUUUCAUGGUCUGGUCGCGUCUUCAGCGACGGAAGAUAGCUCAGGAUAAUCCGAAAAUGCACAAUUCAGAGAUUUCCAAGAGACUAGGUGCCGAGUGGAAGUUGCUCACCGAGGAGGAGAAACGUCCGUUUAUCGACGAGGCCAAACGUUUGAGGGCCAUGCACAUGAAGGAGCAUCCGGACUACAAGUACCGACCGCGGCGAAAGCCCAAGGCCCUGAGACGAGAUGGCUAUCCCUAUCCAAUGCCAUAUCCAUCGGUGCCCGUGGAGGCGUUAAGAGCGGGCAUUACGCCCGGUUACUUUGCGCCCGGUCCCACGGCGGCUGCCUAUCACCUGGGCAGCCAUCUCGGCCAGACAUCCACGCCAACCACGACGCAGGCCACCCUCUCCGGUCAGAUGGACAAGUUCGCCCUGGAGCGCAGCUCGUAUCUGAGCAACUCGUCGCAGGCGAGUGCCUACAGCGCCUACUUGGACCCCAGUGUGCUGACCAAGGCCUACUUCGACUCCAAGAUGUACCAGGAUCGGGCGGCCAACUAUGCCUUCGACAUAUCCAAGAUCUAUGGCGCCCAGCAGCAUGCAGCGGCCCACCACCAGCAGCAGCAACAGCAACAACAGCAGCAGCAACAACAGCAACAGCAGCAGCAGCUGCUGCUCAGUGGCGGCGGAGGAGGGGGCAGCGGUGGGGGCGGUAGUGCCAGCUCGCACAACAACAACAGCAGCAGCGGACUGGACGACCGCGAUGCCACGCCCCAACUGGAGGCGGUGGACGCCAAGCCCCACCUGCAUUCGCCCAGCGAUGUGGGUCUGGAUUAUGCCCAGUAUGCCGGUCAAUAUGGCGGUCAGUUGGCCUCGGCAGCGGGUGGUGCUGUGGGUGGUGGCGCGUCCGGUGGUGGGUCAGCGGGCGGCGGUGGGGCUGGCGCCACCGCAGCGGACUUUCGGCGACCGCUGACGGUGAUCUUCUGACCACCAUCUUCCAAUGGCAGCGAGGAGUUGAACUUGUCUAUGACCUAGGAGAAAGAGAGGGGAUCACAUUCGUUUCGUUGCCAAUUCUAAUGAGGUUUAUCAAUUAAAAUUGUUUUGAAGCUCGCACCAAUCACUUUUAAAUUUAAUUGUAGGUGUCCAAAAGUAUGCAGUAAAUAAACGACAAAUGGUUUUUGAAUGAAUUCGUUGCAUACUUUAAGACGUCAUCAAUAACAUUAAGUGGUGAUUUGAAAACUCUAGUGAUUCGGGUUUCGAAAAAAAAAACAUUUUGAACCAAUUCUAAACCCUAAAAUUCUGAAACAGGAAUUGCCAACGAAAACCGAGGUGAAUCUACCCCUCAAAGGAUAUAUCGGAAAGGGUAAAACGAAUACAACCGAAAAAGCGAGAUUAAAGUUAAACGUAGCCAACAUUUACAUUUAAGUCUCCAGUUGUAAACUAAACUUAAGCUUUGUUAAAAUAGAGCAAGCGAGAAAAUGGCGAGGAUACCGAGGGAUAGAAAAGAAAAUGGAUUACAGAGAGGCAAAACCACUUAGCAAAAACCAGAAGAAUAUUUCAACAAAUUGAAACAACAACGAGCGGUGCAAUUUUUUUAUGUUUUAAACGCAGAUAGAAGUGCAUAGCAUAAAUUUAAAAUUAAAUUUAAAUGUAUUUAAAUUCUACACUAAACACACACAAACAAGGCAAAAUACACACAAAAUAUAUACAUACUUCAGAAACCAGAAAAAAUAUAAAAAACAAAAAAUAAAAGACGCAUUGUCAUCAGCAGCAAA